AUGGCAGAUGAUGCUAUGGAUGUUGAGAAAAAGCUAUCAUCAUUAAAAGCAAAGCUAUUGAAACUUAAAAGUAAGAAAGAAGAGAUGGAUGAAUAAUUGACUUAAAAAGAACUAAGAAAUAAAUAUUUAGAAAAAGAAUUGACUUAAAAGACAAAAGACUUUGAACUUUUAGGUAAAUAUGUCACAAGCGGUUAUCAUGAUGAUGAAUAUUAGGAGAAAAAGCCACAAGGUUAAUAAGUGUCAAAAAUGCUGGAAAAAUCAGUAUUAGAGAAAUUUAGUUACCAUACUGAUAAAUAUUUCAGAUAUAUAGAAGAUUGUAUAAAUUAGGAACAAGAAUAAGCAGAUAUAAAAGAUGAUGAUAAUCAAUAUCAAGCUCCACCUCCAACUUGUGCAAUAUAAGUAAAAUGUCUGAAAUCCUGCUUACCUAAAGAUAAAUAAGAAUUAGGAGUUCCAGGAGAUGAUCCUGAUUAUGUUACUCAGACAUUUCGAUAUACAAAAUUAGAAACAUUUGAAACUUUAAAAUAAGCUGCUCUUCGUUUUUGGGGAUUGGUGGAGACAAAAGUAACUAAUAAUUUUAUGGAAAAUAAUUAAAAGUCUAAUGGGUUGUAAAGUGAAAUACAAUAAGAAGGAGGAGAACAAUCUAAAAUGAGUGAAGGUAAUGGGUAAGUUGCUAUAUCAGGAUUAAACAAUUCAAAAUCAAGUAAUUAAUCUGAAAAUGAUGUAAAAAGAAUAGCAAAUAGAUAUGAAAUAGUAACAGAUGAUUUAGAACCAGUUUAAAAUACUAAUUUAAUUGAAAGAUUCUUAAAUGAAUAAAUAGCAAAUUCUAAUAAAAAUACAUUAUGUGUUGUAUUGAGAAAGAAAAAAAAUAAGUAAUCACAUAAAAAGGGUGGAGGAAAAAACACAACAGACGGAAAAAGUUAAGGUAUGAGUUAAGUAAAAAGCUAUGGGGUUAGUCAUGGCGGUUAAAGUUCUUAAAUAGGUACAUAGACGAAUUAAUAAUCAAAUUAAUAAUCUAAAGUAGCUGGUGAUGAUUAAUCAAAUUAAUAAUAGUACAACCCAUUAGAAGAAGAUGAUGAUGAUGAUGAUGAUGAAAAUGAUCCUGAAUAGGAUGAAGAAAAAAGAAGAUUAAAGAUUAAAUUAUAUAAGAAAUUUGCUACAUUUUUUAAAAGGUUUCCAUUACUAAGAAAAAUGUUUAUGAUUGAUAAAAAGGACAUUGAAUCUAGAGGAGUGAUGAUAGAUAAAGAAAUUAAAUAAGAUAAAAAAGGUAUGACUUGUGAUGACAAUAACUUUUGUGUUAUUUUGAUAUUAGCUGCAUUAUUUGUUUUAAAUUACUUAGCACUUUACUAUUUAGAAGACGGUCCUUAUGCUCAAACAAAUUAUAGAAGACUCUAAUCCUUAUUAAAAGUUGGAAGUAUUGGAGAAGCAGGAUCAUAUAGAGAUAUUUCUAAAAUUGAGGAUAUUUAUAAUUACUAUUGCAAUAUAUCUGGUAUUCCGUAUUAGCUAAUGGUACCAGAAUCGAAUUUUAGAGAAUCUUUUGAUAUUAUUGGAGCGAUUAGAAUUAGACAAAUAAGAACUAAACCAGCUGAUUGUCUUUAUCCUCGAAGAAAUGAUAGGAAAAGUUAAAUAUCUUGUGUUUAUACUUAAGUAACAUCAUCAUCAAGAGAAACAGAUCAAAUAGGUGAUGGUUCAAAACCAUGGAUGUCAUUUCAAGCUACUAGUGAAUUAGGGAUUUCUCGAAUUUCUAAAGGAACUUUUGAUGAUUAUGAUUCAUCAGGUUAUAUUUUAGAUUUGAAAAAAUCAGAUUAAAAUCUUUUGUAAUAUAAAAAUAAAGUGAUACAGGAAUUAUUUAAUCAUCCAGAUUAUUUAGUUGAAGGACUUAAUGCUUAAAUUUUAACAAUGACUGUACGUAGUAAAAAUGAUGGAUCUUUUAUAUUUUUAGAGUUUUUGAUUGAAUAUACAAAUAGUGCUUUGAUACCUAAUAUACCAUUAAUAAUUCCAUUUAAUUUAAAUUUAGUUGGAAGAGGAUUAUCAUAACCUUAUUCUGUUAUUGCUUAAAGAUCUCUUGAGAGUCCAAAUAAUCCUGUUGAUUAUGAGGUUGGAUUAAUUAUUUAUUUGAUAACAAUAGCUAAAGUAUUUGUAGGUAUAUUCUUUCUGUUUUUUUAAUUGAUAAAAAUAAAAACAUAUUUAACAGAUUCAAAAGUUAAAGGAUUGAAAUAUUUUAUUUCAAUAACAUUUGUAUUGAAUUGUUUAAUAAUCUAUAUAACAUUUAAAAGUUGUGAUCUAAUCUUUUAGUUAGAUAAUAUGAAUUACGAUGCAAGUGAAUUAUUUUUGAGAGAAGAUUUUGUUGAUUUAGGAGAUUUGGCUGCUCAUCAUUCUUCUGCCUUAUUUACAAAUACAAUUGGAUUAUGCUUUACUAUUUUAAGAAUAUUUUUACUAUUUAACUUUUUAAGAUCAUUUGAAGCAGCCCUUAGUGCUAUAGAACAAUAUUAUUUAAUGAUAUUUGCAAGUUUAUUUAUCUUGGCUUUUGUCUUAGUUGGAUACACAAUGAUUUCUAUGAGUCUAUAUGGUCAAUAUAAUGUAGCUUUUAGUACUUUCACUAGAGCAUUGACUUCUUUAUUAUUGAUUUUAACAGAUUGUUAGGAUUAAUAUUCAUUUUAUUAAUUUGAUAUUACAUUAGGAACAGUGUUUAUGAUCAUCUUUUAUUUCUUAUUUUAUACAUUCAUGUUUAAUAUUUUGGCAGUUAUGUAUAUUGAUUCAUAUAGGUAAUAAAUUAUUUUUUAAAUUAGAAUAAUAAUAGUGGAUUAAGGAGAAUUAGUAUAAGAUAGUUGGACAUCAGAAGAUAUAUUUAAAUUCUUUACAACAUGGAUUCCAGAUAGUUGCAAAAAGAAAUUUAACAAAGCUCUUUAAUAAGUGUAAUUACAUACAGAAUGA